CCCGGUUGCCGGGGUGACGGCGGCGGCGGCGGCGGCGGCGGCGGCGGCGGCGGCGGCAGAGACAGUCGGGCCGGUGGGCUCGGCUCGGGGCCGGUUGCUGCGCAGCAGACAGCUGCCACCGGCAGGCCCCGGUGAGGUUGGGGCGUCUUCGAGGCCGUCGCUUGGUCUGUGCUGGCGCCCGGUGUUGCAGCGAGUGCCUCGCCUUCGCUCUCCCGCAGAGACUUGCUGUGGACUCAGCAGCAGCACCCAGGAUGGGGGACAUUCUGGCUCAUGAAUCUGAACUGCUUGGACUCGUGAAGGAGUAUUUAGACUUUGCUGAAUUUGAAGACACCCUGAAGAUAUUUUCGAAAGAAUGCAAAGUCAAAGGGAAGCCGCUGUGCAAGGCGGCGGGCGGCUCCUCGAGGGACUCCCGGCCGCUGGUCAUUCAGAGGGACCUGCUGGCGGCCUUCGACAGUGGACACCAGAAGGUGUUCUUCGACCUGUGGGCCGAGCACGUGCCCCGCGCCAUGCGUGAUGGCGACGCCCUGGCCCAGAAGCUGGAGUUCUACCUGCACAUCCACUUCGCCAUCUACCUGCUCAAGCACCACGUCGGGAGGCCGGACAAAGAGGAGCUGGACGAAAGGAUCUCCUACUUCAAGACCUACCUGGAGAGCAGGGGGGCCGCGCUGAGCCAGACGACGGAGUUCCUCCCGUUCUACGCGCUGCCCUUCGUCCCCAACCCCCGGGCGCACCCCGCCUUCAAGGAGCUCUUCCAGGAUUCCUGGACUCCAGAGUUGAAGGUGAAGCUGGAGAAGUUUCUGGCAAUGAUCUUUAAAGCCAGUAGCACUCCGAAGCUCUUAACGUUAUACAAGGAGAAUGGACAGAGUAACAAAGAAGCCUUGCAGCAGCUCCACCAGCAGCUGGCGGAGGCGGAGCGCAGGGCCAUGACCUACCUGAGACGCUGCAACAAGAUCCAGGCCGACUACCACAACCUCAUCGGGGUCACGGCCGAGCUGGUGGACUCGCUGGAGGCCACAGUCAGCGGCAAGAUGAUCACCCCCGAGUACCUGCAGAGCGUCUGCGUCCGGCUCUUCAGCAACCAGAUGCGGCCCAGCCUGGCGCACAGCGUGGACUUCACCAGGCCCGGCACGGCUUCCACCAUGCUGCGAGCGUCCUUGGCGCCUGUGAAACUGAAGGACGUGCCCUUGCUGCCCUCCCUGGACUACGAGAAGCUGAAGAAGGACCUGCUGUGGGGCAGCGACCGCCUGAAAGCCUUCCUGCUGCAGGCGCUGCGCUGGCGCCUGACCACGUCCCACCCCGGGGAGCAGCGGGAGACGGUCAUGCAGGCCUACGUCAGUAACGACCUCCUGGACUGCCACAGCCACGGCCAGAGGACGGUGCUCCAGCUGCUGCACUCCCCGAGCGAGGUGGUGCGCCAGUACAUGGCCCGGCUGCUCAACGCUUUCGCCUCCCUGGCCGAAGGUCGCCUCUACCUUUCGCAGAGCCCGACAGUGCUGCGGAUGCUGGAGGAGAGGCUGAAGGAGGAGGACAAGGACCUCAUCACCCGGGAGAAUGUUCUAGGGGCCUUGCAGAAGUUCAGUCUCAGGCGCCCGCUGCAGACGGCCAUGAUCCGCGACGGCCUCAUCUUCUGGCUGGUGGAGCUGCUGCGGGAGCCCGACGGGCUGUCGGACUACACGCUGGAGUACGCCGUGGCCCUGCUCAUGAACCUCUGUCUGCGCAGCGCAGGGAAGAGCGUGUGCGCCAAGGCGGCCGGCCUCGUGCUGAAAGUUCUCUCGGACCUGCUUGGCCACGAAAACCACGAGAUCCAGCCCUACGUGAACGGAGCCCUGUACAGCGUCCUCUCCGUCCCGUCCAUCCGAGAGGAGGCCCGGGCCAUGGGCAUGGAGGACAUCCUGCGCUGCUUCAUCAAGGAGGGCAGCCCGGAGAUGGUGCGCCAGGUGGAGUUCAUCCUCCGGCAGCUCGGCUCAGAAGAGCCCCUGGACGGCGACGUUGAAUCUGAUGAUGAGGAAGACGAAGAUGAAGAACAGGAGGACCACGACACCAUGGAGGCCGACCUGGACAAGGACGAGCUGAUCCAGCCCCAGCUCGGGGAGCUCGCGGGGGAGAAGCUGCUGACCACCGAGUACCUGGGCAUCAUGACCAACACAGGCAAGGCGAGGCCGAAGGGGCCGGCCGACGGGCGGUGGAGCCGGGACGAGCCCCUGCGCCGGCCCGUGACCCCCGGCGGACACAGGAGCGGGGGCCCCUCGUUCCAGGACUGUCCGGCGUCUCCUCAGACGGCGCGACACCCCAGAAACGGCUACUUCCCGGCACUGCCCCCCACCCUUCUCCCCGCCUACAAGGGGGGUGAGCCCGGGGCCCCCCCGCCUCGCGUGUCCUCCUCACCCGCCUUCCACGCCAGGCCCGGGGAGUGGGUGCCUGCCGGACGCCAGGGCCAGCCGAGGGAGGCGCCCCGGGAGCCGGGGGGCGCCGAGACCACCAGGGACUUGGCGUCGGCCUUCCCCCGAAAGCCCCGGACCCCCCGGACGCCGGAGAUCCUGGACCUGAACCCACCCAAGGCCAAGGCGUCGGCCCCGGCCCCUCAGUUCUCCUCGUGGGGGCCCCAGCAGGCCGGCCGCCCCAGCUCCACCCCCUCCCUCAGGGGCCUGCACAGCAGCCCGCCCCACAGGAAGUGAGGCCGCAGCUGCAGGGGCAGAUGCGCAGAGGCCAGGCACAGUGGACACCACAGUGGACCGUCCGCCGUCCUCGCCCCGACCUCAGGCAGACCAGAGACCCGGCGGCACCUCCUGGUCCCACAGUCUGGGCUCGGCGCCUGGGGUGCAGGCCCACCUGCUCGGCCCUUGGCCCCCUCCACCAUGAAGUCCCCCCCGGCCCCUCACAAGGUGGGGCCCCUCUGGGGCCGUGUCGUGCCCCAGGAAGGAGAUCUCUGCAGCCUGCGUGGCCAGAAGCACCCCCAGCCCCCAGGGGACAGCAUCUGAACUCCACUAAAUACUUUGAAAUAAAAUACUUUCGUCUA